UCUUUACCAAAUAGCAAUCUAGAACCAAGUGGAAAGCGAUUAGCUAACGUAUGCAAAAAGAUCGAGCGAGAUGAGAAGGUAAACAACAAUUAUGAUGAAACAAUCGAGAAGCAAUUAGAAUCGGGUAUCAUUGAAGGUGCACCAGUGAAACCGAAUGGUAAACGAGUAUAUCAUAUACCCCACAAACAUGUUGUCAGAGAGGAGGCAAAUAAAGCCAAAGAUAGCGCGGAGAUUCCUGAGAAUUUUAGAAAUUUUGGACUGGUCGGUGAUAGUUCGGAAAAUCCAUGGUUUUUGAACGAUGGAAAAGAAAGAGAAGACAUGAAUGAGGAAACUGAGGGACAUGAAAAUACACCAGAACGGUUGAGAAAACUGAAGGCAGUAACUGCGGAAGAAACAAAGGAAGGACAAGGUGAUGAAGACGAAAAUGCUUCCGAUAAUUCUGACCAAGAUGAAACAUUUGAAUUGAUGGAUGAUGAGGGGAGCAAAGAGAAAAGAAAGAAAUUGAAAGGAGAUAAGGUUGACAACAUCAAAGGAAAGAACAUACUGAGGAAGUAA